AUGGCUCUUCCGCGUACGUCAUAAAAACGGUCUCAUUCUGAAUCCUCUAGUAGUAGUUCUGAUACUUCUGAUGACUUUGCACGGUCAGGAAGUCAUGCAAGAAAAAGAUACCAUGAUAGGAAAAUGGAUGAAGUGGAGAGGCUAGCAGAAAUGGAGAGACAAAGGAGGCAGAGAGAAUUAGAACAGAAGAUGGUAGAGGAAGAGACAGCUAAAAGAAUUGAAGAAUUAGUGAAAAAGAGGGUAGAGGAAGAAUUGGAAAAAAGAAAAGAAGAAAUAGAAGCAGAAGUUUUAAGGCGAGUGGAAGAAGCGAAAAGGAUAAUGGAGAAACAAAUGAUGGAAGAAAUGGAGAGAAGAAGAGAACAACAAUUGGAAGAGGAGAAAAAACGGGAGGAGGAAGAGAGAAAGAAACGAGAAGAACUUGAGCAGAUCAUGGCUGAAAACAACCGAAAAAUAGAAGAAGCCCAGAAGCGACUGGCAGAAGAACGUCUUGCCAUGGUUGAAGAACAACGCAAAAUGGAAGAAGAGAGGCAGAGGUUAAAAAAGGAGCAAGAGAAGAGAAUAAAGGAAGAACAGAAAAAAAUAUUAGGAAAGAACAAUUCCAGACCAAAAUUAUCAUUCACUUUGAAACCUGUUACGUGAAUAAAUGUGGAUGUAGCACUGUAUUGUGUACUGUGAAAUGUGAUUCCUUGUGUAAUGGAAGACAGUGACUUCAGGCAUUGUUGUAGUAAGACGAUAAGUGUUACUUUGAUUUGGAUCCAGUUGAAAUGCUGAACUUUUUUUCCAUAGCAUUCAUCAAUAGGAAUGUGGUACAAGAAGGGUGAGGAUGACAUGUAAUCUUGAUAAUACUGUGAUUAUAUUUAAUUAUGUCAAUGAAAUAAUUUAAAUUUUCUGCCUCCCGAGGCUAAAUACAUGUUGCGUUAUUUAUGUUUCAAGCAGAGAACUGAAACUUCAAAGUUUAUGUUGAUGCAUUCUGUGUUUUAAAUAUUUUUCAAAUAGGUCUUGCAGAUUUUCUUCAGUUUUGUUAUAAUCUCUUGAAGUAACUUUCCAAUUGUUUCCUUCAUGGUGUAUAUACAGUUCAUAAGAAAAGUAUCUUUUAUUUCUGGUCACAGAAGUGAUAGAUUAUUGUACAUAAAGCUUUCAGGAUCAUGAAUUUCUUGCUCAAGGUAGUGCAGUGGGAUGCCAUUAUGAAGUAUUUUCUACAGUAUUUAGACAUACUUUGCAGAAAUGUUUGACAACCAUUGUUCUUGGUAGGCUAUUAUAUCAUUUCUAAACAGGAAAGCAGCAAAAGAGUAGUGCAUUGAGUUGAGAUUGUCAGGAAAUGGAAAAAUGUUAUACCCAUUUGCUAUUUUUCUGUUUUAGGUAAAAAUUUCCCUGCUCCUUCCUGAUUUGCUUUUGUAAUUUAAUAAUAAAGUAACUUAACAUUUCUCUAGUUUUCUUGUAUAUUUGAACCUUCCUGAAUCCUACACCUUUGUUAUAAUUGUGAAGUUGAAGGAAAUUAAAUUAAUUUUAUUAGUUUAUUUAAGUAUUCUGAUUUUACAUUUUAUACAUCAGAAUUUCUCU